GGGGCUGUGCCCGUCCGUGUUGCGGGGUCGCCUGUGGGGCGGGUGUCCGGCCCCCGAGGGGCGGCCGCACGUGUGGCAGGGCCCGCGCCGCGCUUCUCCGCGGACAGGACGGGAAGAGCGCCGCUCUCCGGGCGCAGCUUUGUCUGGGCUGCGGGGCGCGCGGGGCUCCUCUCCUCUGCCGAACCCGGCCCGGGUUUCCUUUCCCUUCUCCGCAGGCUCGGGCACCUCGAAACCCCGAGAGGCGCUCGGAGCUCGGGCGGCGGAGGUCGGGGUCUUUCAUCCGUCAGGGAUGGUGAAGUUUGAAAACAGGCUGCGGGCUGAGAAGCUCGAAGGCUGAGCCAACAGCUGCUUUGGAGGGGACUGCUCGAGUUUGUUUUUCAGACCUUUUGGGUUGUCCGAAAAUGCGUUGGGAUUCCCAGUUCCUGUGUUGUGAAACACUUACUAGAUUUAUAUAAGGCUUUUGAGUAGCUUAAGCGUUUUAACUCCUCCUGCUGGCCCCCUUGGAAGCCCCAGUGCCCUCUCAUUGUCUGCUCUAAGCGACUUCUUAGGAUCGCACCGGCCACACGGCUUUGAUUACUUCCUGGGCUUUACAGACGACCCUGGAAACCUUUAAUACUGUUUCCAUGGGAAAUGUGUUUAUCCUGCAGCCUUCAAAUGUUUAUCUGGUGUGACUGUAUUAUGCCCUCAAAGAGUACUGUAUGUUGCCCAGGCUGGCCUCGAACUCUAGGCUCAAGUGAUUCUUCUGCCUCAGCCUCCCAAGUAGCUGGGACUACAGAUGCAAUCACCACCACACUUGGCAGUGUGCCGGUCCAACAAAAGCCCUUGGGUCUGUUUGACUUGUUCAAGUGUCCACUGUGGAAGGUAUGUGAAUGGCCAUGCAAAAAAACAUUAUGAAGAUGCACAAGUACCCUUAACCAACCAUAAGAAAUCAGAAAAGCAAGAUAAAGCUCAGCACACAGUAUGUAUGGAUUGCAGUAGCUACAGUACAUACUGUUAUCGCUGUGAUGAUUUUGUGGUUAAUGACACCAAGCUGGGACUGGUACAGAAAGUCAGAGAACACUUACAGAACUUGGAAAACUCAGCUUUCACAGCUGACAGGCAUAGGAAAAGAAAACUUUUGGAAAACUCAACACUAAACAGCAAGUUAUUAAAAGUAAAUGGAAGCACCACUGCCAUUUGUGCCACAGGCCUUCGGAAUUUGGGGAACACAUGUUUCAUGAAUGCCAUCCUUCAGUCACUCAGUAACAUUGAGCAGUUUUGCUGUUAUUUCAAAGAACUGCCCGCCGUGGAGUUAAGGAAUGGGAAAACAGCAGGAAGGCGGACAUACCACACCAGGAGCCAAGGGGAUAACAAUGUGUCUUUGGUAGAAGAGUUUAGAAAGACACUCUGUGCUUUAUGGCAAGGCAGCCAGACUGCAUUUAGCCCAGAGUCCUUAUUUUAUGUUGUUUGGAAGAUUAUGCCAAACUUUAGGGGCUAUCAACAGCAGGACGCCCAUGAAUUCAUGCGCUACCUUUUGGACCACCUACACUUGGAACUUCAGGGCGGUUUCAACGGUGUUUCCCGCUCGGCAAUUCUGCAGGAGAAUUCUACUCUGUCUGCAAGUAACAAGUGUUGCAUAAAUGGAGCAUCUACUGUUGUCACGGCUAUAUUCGGAGGCAUUCUCCAAAAUGAGGUUAACUGCCUCAUAUGUGGGACAGAAUCUAGAAAGUUUGAUCCAUUCCUAGACCUUUCAUUAGAUAUUCCAAGUCAGUUCAGAAGUAAGCGCUCUAAGAAUCAAGAAAAUGGACCAGUUUGUUCGUUACGAGAUUGUCUUCGCAGUUUUACCGACUUAGAAGAACUUGAUGAGACAGAGUUAUAUAUGUGCCAUAAAUGCAAAAAGAAACAAAAGUCCACAAAAAAGUUUUGGAUUCAAAAACUACCCAAGGUGCUAUGCUUACAUUUGAAAAGAUUUCAUUGGACAGCAUAUUUAAGAAAUAAAGUUGAUACAUACGUAGAAUUUCCACUGAGAGGCCUAGACAUGAAAUGCUACUUACUAGAGCCUGAGAACAGUGGCCCGGAGAGCUGCCUGUAUGACCUCGCCGCUGUGGUGGUGCACCACGGUUCCGGGGUUGGUUCUGGACAUUACACAGCAUACGCAACUCACGAAGGCCGCUGGUUCCACUUCAAUGACAGUACUGUAACACUGACUGACGAGGAGACUGUGGUGAAGGCGAAGGCCUACAUCCUUUUCUACGUGGAACACCAGGCCAAAGCUGGAUCGGAUAAACUUUAAUACCUCCUCCAAAUCAUCAUUCACCAACCAUACCAGAGAAACAUUUCCAGUUUUCCACAAAUACUUGAUACAAGAUUUAAUUUCAUUAUGCACUUUUCAAUUUCCUAUUUUGGGUUUAGUUUUGUCAAUGGUAGUGACUUACUGAACAUGGGCACCAACUAAUUUUGUUGUUGUUCUACCAGAAAACCUCAGCAGAUGUUUUGAUUUGCUGCUUUAGUUGUAAUAAUUCAAUUUUUAUAUGUAGUUGUAAGAACUUAGUCUUAUUUGACUUUUUUAUUUUAUGUUAAUGUUUUCAGUUCUCACUUUGAGGCACAUUUACAUCAAUGCUUUUGUUCCUCUCACAUGCUGAAAGCAAGAUGUGUUCCUUAUUGUGAAGAGCGACACAACUGCCUGCUGCCUUUCCACAGCUGUAAUGGACAUCAGGUUGACUCUAAAUCAAGGAUCAUGUAUGCACAAUACUUGUGGCCCACAAAAUUUCACAAUGACUGCUGAGGAAUCAUUCUUUUUGCCUGUAAACUAUAACAAAGGGCAUCAUUAAGUAGACCAGGUAAUUACUGCUUGUCUCUUGAGGCUGCUGUUUAUCAGCACUAACUAAAUAAAUUUGUUGGUUCAGUUGUACUUGUCCUGCAAAUACAAGAAUUACUCUCUUUGUUGGUUUUUUUGGUUUUGGGGCAUACUUGUUUGCGGAGAGGUAAGAUGGGAGUAAAGACCAAAUACAUGUAAUGUUUAAAAAAAUGCUGUGACUCACUGACAUGGUAUAGGUGUUACCAGUGAGGUAAAGCCAUGGCGUCUGCCUCCUUUCUGAAUCAGUAUCUCAUUCCCCCUUAGUUGUACCACUGGAAGUCACGACAUGUCCAUUAUAGACUUACUGCUUGUGUUUGGCAUCCGAGUCUGAGGUGUGAACCUCUGGGAUUUGCUUGGAUCAUCACCAGCACUUCAGUUUAUCACUGGGGGGUGUGCUUCCACAGGAGGAAAUUUAGAAUCUUCGCUGCUCUGGGUUUUAACACCUCUCAUUGGCUUAUCCUGAUAGGACAAGUUGAAAAUAUUGUUUGAGUAAGUGGAGUUUUCGUUUUGUUUUUUGGGGGGUUUUGGAGACAAGAGUCUCUCUCUGUUGCCCAGGCUGGAGUGCAGUGGCACAAUCUCAGCUCAUUGCAACCUCAGCCUCCCGAGUAGCAAUUCUCCUGCCUCAACCUCCUGAGUAGCUGAGAUUACAGGUGGCCACCACCACACCUGGCUAAUUUUUUUUUUGUAUUUUUAGUAAAGACGGGGGUUUACCAUGUUGGCUAGGGUGGUCUCAACCUCCUGACCUCAGGUGAUCCACCUGCCUCAGCCUCCCAAUCAGGUGAUCCACCUGCCUCAGCCUCCCAAAGUGCUGGGAUUACAGGCGUGAGCCACCACGCCCAGCCAGUUUUGUUUUUAAAAAACAGAUUUAACUCAGAUUCAAAUUUGGAACCAGAAUCCCAUUUAAAGAAAGCAGUUGUGGUUUCUACAAGUGUUCUAAGACAGUCCUGUGGUGGUUUUUUUUUUCUUUUUUUUGGUUGGGGGGGUGGGGGUUGGUAGACAUAGCCUACCAAUUCUCCACAAGGGACAAAAUAUAUCUUGUGUUAAGCCAACGAGACUUUCUGGCAAUUUUUUUUUUUUUUUUAAUGGAGUCUUACUCUGUCCCUCAGGCUGGAGUGCAGUGUGGCAUGAUCACAGCUCACUGUAGCCUCAACCUCCCAGGCUCAAGCUGUCCUCCCACUUCAGCCUCGAAGUAGCUGGCACCACCACACCCAGCUAAUUUUUAAUGUUUUUACUAGAGAUGGGGUUUCACCACGUUGCCCAGGCUGGUCUUGCACUCCUGGGCUCAAGUGAUCCACCCACCUUGGCUUCCCAAGGUGCUAGCAUUACAGGCAUGAGCCACCACGCCCAGCCUGUUCUAUUAAAAACAUCUUGACCUUUUUUUUUUUUUUUUUAAGUUUAUGAUAUAAAAACAGUCUGGUGGCUUUCCCUCAGGUUGGAUAUCUGAAGUUGUGGGAGCAGAUGUAGCUCCAUUUCCAUUUUAAUAUUAACUGGAUAAAUCCCACAUCUUCCCAGAACACAUCUGCUAAACACUUUAACAUGACAAGGAGCAAAUUGCAAUUAUGUGUAAACUUAUAUCAUCCAGUACAAUGGCCCCUAGCCACAUGUGACUGAAAUUUAAAUUAGAAACUCAGUGCCUUCAGUCACUCUAGCCACAUUUCAAGUGCUCAACACCCACAUUCGGCGUAGGACAGUGCUGGUCUAAAUUUUCACUCCAAAGAAGAAAACUUUGCCAUCACGUUUAGGUCUUACAACUUUGAAUCCUAAAAGAUAAUAGGGAGAUGUGUGCUUAAAUUAAUUUACAAUGCUAAAUUAUAUUAGGUUAAACUGUAUGAAACUCUGCUAUUUGACGAGUUCUGAUCUACAAAAAUGACAGCUCCACCUGAUCUGAUGUAUCACACAUUAACAUCACAUCUAAUUCAACCUGAAAUGUGAGUCUCCUUUGAUCUUGCAAAGUAUCUCCUAUGAAUCCAGGCUCUUUUGCUUAGAAGGUAGACAGCUGUAACCUCUAACAUUGAUACUUCGAUCUUCAGUCUCUCUGAAUGGGCAGCUGUUAAACAGUAAAGGCCUGGGCAGAGUUGAUGGUGAAAAAAAGCUGUAUUUUUAUACCAAAUGGAACUUUAGCAACACGUUGGACUACUUUGUCGGGCAGAGUGGUCUUCAGACAGGUGAUGCUGUUGGCUUACGAGAUGAACACGUCUUCUCUCUGAAUUUGUUUUUAUUGGUUGGUUUUACUUGAACAGAAACGUUUGAAUGGUGUGAAGAUUCUUUAGAAAAGUGAUUGGAUCCAUCUCAAUUGUGCACUUGAACACCAGUGAUGUAAAUGUGCCUAUUUGUAUUUUCAUUUUUAACUGUGUAGCCUUACCACACCUAUUUUGAAAGCUGAUCUUUUGUCCUCUUCAGGGCUUUUCCCUUGUGCCAUGUUGUCUCCAGCAAUAUAUGUGGCUUCUCACUCAGAGCUUCUGCUGAGGAAGGGCCUCGCGCUGAGUCACAUGGCUCCUUGGAACAAGAAAACUUUCUCAGAAGUCCCCACACGGGUGGGUGACAGAAACAGUUUGUGGCAACACAAAUCUCUCUCCAUGGUGGAGAAACCUUUGCUUAUCCACUGUAUUCUACUCAGUGUAUAGUGAUGACAGAUGUACUAGAAUUAAACCAGUCAAGUGUACUGGCCCAGGGUGAGUGUUAAAUGUGUAUCUCGCCUGUGGAACCUACUCAGCAGCUUGGUUUCUGGGGUUGGGGACAUAUUUAUUUCUUAAAGCCAAACCUCUCCUUCAUUGGUUUAGUGUACAUAAGUCUAUUUAGAUACACUUAUCCCACUUUAAUCUCCACCAGCCCCUAAACUCUCUCCUGUACCCUCUGUUGCUGAAGUGGCCUCUUCACCUGGGCCCUGGAAAAGCCCAUGGAAAAAGUCUGUUCCUGCAGCCAAGGCCUGGGUCCCAGGUGACUAGGAGUAGCCAUAGGAAAGUGAGGAAGGAGAAGUGGGCAUGUGGUGUCAUCUGUAGUCCAAGGUCUCUGCGUCUCGUCAGUGGGUGCAAUGCCUUCCCACUCAGGUGUGAGCGUGAUGGACUCUAGACUGCCUUCCAUGAGUGUUGGUCAUGCUAUGAUGUCAUCAUUUGCCAUUAAAACCCAGUUUGUAUGAUGCCAAGAGGAUUAAUUGUGCAAGUGACUGAUUCAUUUAAAUUGUAAUCACAUCCCUUUUCUGCUUCACCAACCUGAACUGUUUUUAAAAAGUAUCAUUAAAAGUCUGUUCUCUUUC